AUGGCGAGUAAACUCUUUCGACCGGGCUAUUUCGCUGGAAAGGUGAACAUCGUUACCGGCGGUGGCAGUGGAAUCGGGCUCGGCAUCGCCGAAGGUCUUGUUGAACUCGGAUCCAAAGUCGUUAUCGCCUCUAGAAAUCCAGAACGCAUCGAAGAAGCGACUCAACUUCUAUCCGCGAAAUGCCAGGACGGAGGAGAAGUGCUCGGUCUCCAGUGCAAUAUCCGCUCCCGCGACAGCGUGAAACAAAUGAUCUCCGACACUCUCGAUCAUUUCGGCCGUCUAGACGGGCUGGUCAACAAUGGCGGCGGCCAAUUCCACUCUCCUGCUGAAAAUAUUUCGCCGAAUGGAUUCCACGCCGUCGUGGAAACGAAUUUGUAUGGAACUUAUCACUGUAUGAUGGAAGCGUUCGAGCAGCAUAUGAAGGAGAAUGGAGGAAAGAUUGUCAACAUCGUCACGAUUAACAGAAUGGGAAUGGCCGGCAUGGCGCACUCUGGUGCGGCCAGAGCCGGUGUCAAGAAUCUUUCAAUGUCUCUAGGAGCCGAAUGGGCAAAAUACGGAAUCGUCAUCAACAACGUCGCCCCGGGAACCAUCCAUUCCGACACAGCUCAAGCCAAUUACGGCCCUCUCGGAGAACUACUCUUCGACGGUGCGGUACAGACGAUUCCGAUGGGACGUUUGGGAAGCACGACAGAUGAUUUGGCGCCGUCAGUGAUUUUCAUGCUUUCUGAGGGGGCGAAAUACACGACUGGGCAGACGCUAGAUGUUUGUGGCGGACAGAGCUUGCACAAUAACUACAGACAGGGGCUUGUCUUGCUGGAGGAGUUCCUGAAGAAGCAACAGUCGUGA